UAAAGAGAAAAAAAAAGUUUCUAAACAUGUUUAUAGCAUUGCAGCAACAUCAUAUCUGGAUCAUAAUCGUUGUCGAUACAUAGGAAAAAAAAGAAAAGAAAUGUCGAUAAUACGAAUCGGUAUUAAUCAUGCACCACCAUAUGUACGAUUAGAUUCGAAUGGACAAAUUGUUGGCGGUAUUGAAGGACGAUUAUUUCAAAUGUUUCAAAAACAUUUUAAUUUUACAGCCAUUUGGAUUAAUAUUGAAAAUAAUUAUGGCCGUAGAUGGCCAAAUGGUUCAUGGUCCGGUAUGAUUGAUGAAAUUUUGUCAGAUCGAAUGGAUAUUUGUUUUGCAGGUACAGCAUUAACAUAUGAUCGAAAUAAGUUUAUCAAUUAUCUUUAUCCACAUUGGAUUGAAAGAUAUACCUAUGCAACAUUACCACCUAUUCGAAUGAAUAAUUUCGAUACGCUAAGACGACCAUUCGAAACAUUAGUUUGGCUAUCGCUUUUGGCUGUUUUUGUUGCAUUUUUUCUUAUUGAUUGGAUUUAUAAUCGUUUAUUUAAAAUAGAUAAUCAUAAACGUGUUUCGGGGAAAAAAAAUAUUAAUCUAAUUUUUAUCAGUAUUCGAUCAUUAUUACAACAAUCAUCGGAAACACAAUGGAAUCAAUUUGAUAAUAUUUCAAUAAAAUUUUUAAAUAUCAUUUGGACAUUAUCAGCCACAAUAUUGGUUGAUUAUUAUGAAACUUAUUUAUUUUCAAUGAUGUUUAUGCCAGUAAUCGAUACUAUCGAUACUAUUGAAAAAUUAUCCAAUUAUUGUGGAACGGAUAAGGCAAUUGUUAUGGGUUAUAAUAAUACGUUUAUAAGCAAUGCAUUAUCUAAAUCGACUGAUCCAAUUCUACAUACGUUAUCAAAAUGUUUCGAAAUAGCGGAUGAUAAAACUGGUAUUCUUCCAUGGCAAUUUUUACAAAAUUCUCAUUCAAAAUAUCGUUGUGCAUUUCUUAAUUCAGAAUCACGUUUAACAUUAGCCUAUAAUGUUUUAGGAUCGGAAAAAAUUUAUUUACCACCAUUUUCUGAAGGUAAAUCAAAUUUAUUUCAAAAAUUUGUUGCUCUACCAACAAGUCGAUCAUUUCAACCAUAUUAUCAUCAAUUUAAUCGAUUUAUAAAAAAUUUUCAUUCAACUGGUUUGCUAUUAAGUUGGUUUCAACGGGAAAUUAUGUGGGCCAAAUCACAAUAUUGGUAUUAUACGAUAUAUAAUAACAAUGGUAGAGGCGGUGGUGGUGGUGGACAGGAUUCAUAUCAAUCAACAUUAACUAUAGAUGAAGUUGAACAUAUUUUCUACAUCUAUCUAAUUGGUAUAAUUAUAUCGAUGAUAUUUUUUCUAAAAGAAUUGAAUCAACGAUCGAUUCGAAUUUGAAUUUUAGAUAAAAUAAAGAACGAAUAGAAAAUACAAAAAAAAUGUCAAUGUAUGUUUUAUG